AAAAAAGGCAAACCUUGAACAGCAGGACAGAGAGAGAGAGAGAGAGAUGGAGGGAAAAAGCGAGAAAAAUUGAAAAGGGCGAUAAAAAACAACGAAUCGCAAAACCCUAGCUAUUACCACUUCGAAAUUAGCUUCCAUGGACUGGAAUACGACAGCCCAGGCCAGAUCCCGAUUUCAGAGGACUCCAAGUUGGCUGCUUAAAGCUCCAGAUCGCUCGAUCUCGCCCCUGCUCAAUCUUACCCAGCAAGCCGCUGCCCGUGGCUGCAGCUUCUAGAUAGGACCCAUUGGCGGCACUGAUGCUGCCUCCGCCGAUCGCUGUGUUGUCCAGAUCUGACUAUUUUAUUAACUAACAGGGCAGGGGAUGGGGAACUCUCAGAUUCGUGGCCUAGGAGGGAAAACUGCGUUUCUGAGAUGUGGUAUGCGAAUCUGUAAAUUGAGGGCUCUUGUGAGAUUAGACUCUUCAGAUGGAAUUGCUGAGACUACCGCCUGGAUUGCUACUGCUAAGUUAUAUGACAUUAUUGAUUUUGGUACAAGUCACAACUGAGGAUUUAAUGCCUAGUUCGGAGUUUGAAACAGCUUUUGUAACUUCAUCUGGUACUCCGCUGAGCAGCAAAUCUGCCGUGUACUUACGUACUAUACCAUCCACCAGAUUUCCAUUGACUACAGGUCUUCAUCUUGUUCGUAGAGGACUGAGGAGCAAUUUUCCAUUGGAAGUUGCGUCUCCACCGAAUAUGGUCUCUGCCACUCCGUUUCUUAGUUCGUUAACAACCACUGGUGAACCUUCUUCAAGUUCAUUACACUUGUAUAAACGAAUAAUGCAACAGAGCCAACUCCUUUCUCCAGCAUCUAUGAGUGUACCUUCUCCUGUGGGGCAAAAUUCUAGCAUUGACUCGAAUGUCAGCUCAGUUCCACCUAGUUUAGCAGAGCCUCCGAUUUCUCAUCAUUCAGGAUGCUGUGGGCCAAACACGGUCCAGAGACGAGGUACUCGAGAUUGUCAUUGUGUUUAUCCUGUAAAAGUAGAGCUGUUCCUUUGGAAUGUUUCUCAGAGAUCAAAUUGGAGCAAUGAAUUUCUGGAAAAACUAGCGUCUCAGCUUAAUCUGCAAGUCACUCAAUUUGAGAUUGAUAACUUCUAUGUUGUUGGUUUGUCAGGGCUAAAUAUCACCAUGGACAUUGCCCCACAUACUGGGAUAAGUUUCUCUGCCGCUCAAGUUCAUGCAAUGAAUAACUCACUUACUUUGCAUAAAGUUUUUAUUGAUCCUAAUGUAAUUGGAGGCUACAAAGUUCUUAAUUUUACAUGGUUUGAGUCACCAACUCCUUCUCCUGCUCCGGCCCUUGUAAUCCUGCCAAAGUCUCCACCGCCCUCUAUGUCCUAUUUUCACAAGCCAAAUGAUGAAGCUAAUAGUGAAAACCAUCGAAAUCUAACUAUAAUUGUGGGCAUCUGUGCUGCACUUCUAGUUGUUGUUGUUAUUACUGUUUUGGUAAUUUGCUCGUGCAGAUCUGUGAAGGGGAAUAAGUCCACUACUACGGAAAUAGCAAAACUGAAGUCUUCUCUGGAGGCCCCAACUGGAGAAAGUUCUCUUCCUCAUCCAACCAGCAUGAGGUUUCUUGCAUAUGAAGAGCUCAAAGAAGCAACAAAUAACUUUGAAACCUCAAGUGUGCUUGGAGAGGGUGGAUUUGGUCGUGUUUUCAAGGGUGUCUUAAGUGAUGGGACAGCAGUUGCCAUUAAGAAGCUUAACAACGGAGGACAUCAGGGAGAUAAAGAAUUCUUAGUUGAGGUUGAGAUGUUGAGCAGGCUGCAUCACCGAAACCUAGUAAAACUUGUUGGUUAUUUUUGUAGCCGCAACUCUUCACAGAACCUCCUCUGUUACGAACUUGUUUCUAAUGGGAGUCUAGAAGCUUGGCUCCAUGGUCCCUUGGGAGCAAAUUGUCCUUUGGACUGGGACACACGAAUGAAGAUCGCUCUUGAUUCUGCGAGGGGACUGGCCUACCUUCAUGAAGAUUCCCAGCCUUCUGUCAUUCACCGGGAUUUCAAGGCAUCCAAUAUAUUACUUGAGAACAACUUCCAUGCCAAGGUCUCUGACUUUGGCCUUGCCAAGCAGGCCCCUGAAGGCCGCACAAACUACCUUUCAACUCGUGUGAUGGGAACAUUUGGAUAUGUUGCACCUGAAUACGCCAUGACUGGGCAUCUAUUGGUGAAGAGUGAUGUAUAUAGUUACGGCGUUGUUCUGCUUGAGUUGCUAACCGGAAGGAGGCCCGUGGAUAUGUCACAGCCAUCUGGCCAGGAGAAUCUCGUGACCUGGGCUAGGCCUCUUCUUCGGGACAAAGAUAGAUUGGAAGAGCUCGCCGAUUCAAAACUUGAGGGCAAAUACCCAUUGGAAGAUUUCGUGAGAGUUUGCACGAUAGCCGCAGCUUGUGUUGCGCCGGAGGCAAACCAGAGGCCGACAAUGGGCGAGGUGGUGCAGUCGCUUAAGAUGGUCCAGCGACUAGCAGAGUACCAAGACACAAUGCCGACGCCAUCGGCCCGGCCGAAUAUAAGGCAAUCUUCGACUACUUAUGAAUCUGAUGGUACUUCUUCGAUGUUCUCUUCGGGGCCUUUUUCUGGUAUGAGCGUGUUUGAUAAUGAGAACAUUUCGAGGACGGCUGUGUUUUCAGAAGACCUGCAUGAAGGCCGAUGAGUCGGGGAAGCCGAUGUUUGUAUAUUUCAAUUUAAACUUUUGCCCCUGGCAUUUUGGGUUUCUUUCUGAUUUUGAAGGAAAGAGAAAGAUUGUUUUCCUUUUGAAUUUGCUGCAACAGAUGAUUUUGAUUUACCCGAUUCCUAUUGGUUUGUUCAUAUCUCUCGUCUGAACAUAUCAAUUGAGUGAUGUUUUAUAAUCUGCUUA